AGAGAUCAGCAUUAGAAAAAAGCGACGUGUAAACAAAAAUUCAGCAGAUGGUACAAGAUGAAGUCUCAAGCAAUUUUUUUGAUACUUUUUGGCUGCUUCUGUGGAUUUGCAGCACGAGCUCCAUGUGGCGGAGAUCUGACUCAGCCACAAGGGGAAUUUUUCAGUCCUCAUUAUCCUCACACGUAUCCCAGUAAUGCACACUGUACAUGGCAUCUGACGAGUUUUUUUUGGCAGACGGUUUCAUUAACCUUCACUUUUGUUGAUUUGGAGUUGUGCUGUGAUUAUGUACGUGUUUAUGAUGGUCCAACUGAUCAAGCUCCACUUCUGGGUCAAGUGCCUGGAAAUCAGGGGAAUUCAUUUAACUCCAGCAGCAGAUACAUGACCGUCAUUUUCUCCAGUGAUUACAGCUGGAGUCAACAAGGCUUUCGGGCAGAAUGGGCUUUCAUAGGUGGAGCGCCAUGUGGUGGAAAUCUGACUCGGUCAGAAGGGGAAUUUUUCAGCCCCAAUUUUCCCAAUAAUUAUCCUGAUAAUGCAAACUGCACAUGGAGGCUGCAGAGUCCCAGGCGGCAGGUGGUUUCUCUUAGCUUCAAGUCUGUUCAAUUGGAAACGGGCUGGGACUUAAUCCACGUGUACAAUGGUCUGAGUGAUCAGGAUCCACAGCUGGGUGUUGUGACAGGAAAUCAGGGAAAUUCAUUUACCUCCAGCAGCAGAGACAUGACGGUUGUUUUCAGCAGUGAUUCAGGGUGGACACUGCAAGGCUUUCAUGCAGAAUGGCAUUUCAUAGAUUCCCCAUCCUGCAGGUAUAACUAUAAUAAAAGUCUGAGUGUGUGUUCCUGCACCAGCGACUGUCAGGACAACAGAAACUGCUGCUAUGAUUAUAAUGAUUGCUGUUCCACAGCUGUCCCUGAAACAACAACACCAUCAUCAUCAAAUACAUUUCCUCUGCUAAAUGGAACUGUGUGUGGUGGAAAUCUGACUCGAUCACAAGGUGAAUUUUUCAGCCCCAAUUAUCCCCGUAAUUACCCCAAUAAUGCCGAGUGUACAUGGAGGAUCCUGAGUCCUGAGGGCCAGAUCAUUUUGUUAAACUUCAUAACUGUCAGAUUGGAGUCCAGCUUUGACUUUAUCUAUGUACACGAUGGUCAGACUAAGGACUCUCCACGUCUGGGUUUAGUGACUGGAAGUCUUAGAAGUUCAUUCAAUUCCAGUAGCAGAUACAUGACCGUUGUUUUCUCCAGUGACGGUGACGGAAGUGACGAAGGCUUUCGGGCAGAAUGGAUGUUUAAACAUUCCGACACAGCAAGAAAAGAAGCAAUAGAAACAACACCAGAUAUUCACCCGACAAAACCUUCGCAAACAGAAGCAGACAAGAUAGCACAAAAAAUCUUCAGCUCCGUAACUUGUUUAAACAUGACAACGGAAGCAUCCUUGGAAACAACACCAGAAACUGAACCAACAUUACCUCCCCAAACUUCCACAGGCCAAGUGGACUGUCUUUCUGGUCAGAUGAACAUUGCCAUCAGUAAAUCGUACAUAGACUCGCUGGGAUACAGCUGGCGUGAUCUUUACUUGGGUGACCGUUCCUGCAAAGCUUCAACCAACAACUACGACAUCACCUUCAACUUCCCACUCAACAGCUGUGGCACAUGGAGGAAGAUCCACAACGGAUACAUUAUUUACACCAAUAACAUAAAAGUGUCCAAGUUCUUAAUGGACUCGAUCAGUACUCACUUCCUGCUGGAGGUGAGCUGCGUGUUCCGGCACAACGCUAUUGUUGAGACGUUCUACGAAACCAAGGAGAUUGUAAAGGCUACCAUCAGCAGAGCGGGUUGGUUUAACCCGACCAUCGCCUUUUACCCUUCCGGAAACUUCUCCUACCCCAUCACUGAAUUCCCCUACCUAGUCAACUUCGGUCAGGAACUGUUCGUGCAGGUGCAGCUGAGUGAAGCCGAUCCCAGGUUCCACCUAUUCAUCGACUCCUGUGUGGCCUCGCCCUACCACAACUUCACCGCCCAGACCCAUGACCUCAUACGCAACGGGUGUCCGAGAGACAGCACACUCCUCAUCUACACGAACGGAUUGAAAUAUUACGCUCGGUUCCGGUUCCUCGCACUCAUGUUCCUGCGCGCACACAACCGCGUCUUCCUCAAAUGUGACGUCUUGAUCUGCGCUGACGAUGACCACAACUCACGAUGUCGCCGAGGAUGCUUUCCGCGCAGGAAACGAAGCCUGAGCUCCACCCACUAUGCUGAGGUUGUGACACUUGGACCAAUCCUCCUGAAAGGUCCAGAGGAGGCUGCGGCCACAUAUGAGGAGGAGGAGGAGCGAACUCACGGCGACUGAUCGUUUAAUCCAUUAACUCCAUUUAUUACUGGAUCAUUUUACUAAGCUUCUUCUAAUAAAGCAUUCUGUAAAGGCA